AUGGCAGACUACACCCAGAGACUCGCAGAGGCUACGAAGGAGGAGCUUCUGCAGACUAUCCACGCCGUCAUCGGUGCGAAUGGUACGGCUCGAAGUCAUGUCUUCAGCGUCAUGGACUAUCUCGACGCUCAAAAGACGCAGCAGUACAGUGCCAAUCGCCGCACUAGCCGCUCGUCCACUCGCAAGGGCUCGCAAGACUCGGCCAUUCAUCUUCACCCUCUUCUACGAGAAGUUGUCGAGGACAUGAACCGGGACAUCAAAAUCUGUAUGACUUGUUCAAAGGCUUUCGAGGAGAAGAAUAACAACGAGGAAUCGUGCCGCCGUCACACUGGUCACUGGCUCAUUGAGAUUGAGGAUUCCGAACAUAUCCAGUUCGUGCGUGCCAGCGACGCGCCUAAAGCUAUCAAAGAUAAUAAGAGCCUGCCGUGGAUCAUGUCCUGCUGCUGCAACACCAAGCAGGACCUCGGCGAGGGCUGCGUUCGCGCCAAGCACAUCGCGGUCAUGGCAGAGGACACCGGCGGUGAUACCUCGAAGAACUGA